CAUCAAGUUGCGGUCAAUGCUACGUAGUGUAUAAUCCACAUCUUGGUUUCGUAAGGAAGUCUCAUCCUUAGACGGCUUCCUACGCGCCGUAUUCGCAUUAUGCUUCCGUCAACAGAAGAAUGAUAGACCGUCCAGAUGUUACCGUCUUCCCCUCCUCGAGUAUUUUAAAAGCCCUUAUCUAUCAGAACAUCAGGUUGGAAGAAACCAGCAACCACACUUCAUUCCGACGCAAAGAUGACUCGUGUACUUCUCACUGGUGGAUCAGGCUUUAUCGCAGCUCACAUUUUAGAGAGUCUGCUGGAGCAUGGCUACUCUGUUGUGAGUACUGUUCGAUCCGCACAGAAAGGUCAACAGAUCCUUGACUCACACAAGCAAUAUGGCAAAGAUAAACUCGACUUCGUCGUCGUCGAAGAUAUCGAGAAGCCUGGAGCCUUCGAUUCGGCUGUAGUAUCGGACCCACCGUUCGACGCAGCGGUUCAUUGUGCCAGCCCUUACCACUUCAACGCCAAAACACGUGAUGAAAUCCAUCAACUUAUCAGCACGGCCAUUAACGGUACAACUGGUAUCCUCAAGGCCAUCAAGGCCCAUGCCCCCACAGUGAAGCGCGUGGUUAUCACUUCUUCGUACGCGGCCAUGGUCGACUAUGGCAAGCCGUUGACACAUGUCUACAGCGAAGUAGAUUGGAACCCAAUCACCGAGGAGCAGGCUUAUUCAAGUGCCCCAUUCGCUUACCUAGCAAGCAAGACCUUUUCCGAGAAGGCAGCAUGGGAUUUCGUCAAGGAUGAAAAGCCUGGCUUCGCCCUCACCACUAUCAACCCACCCAUGGUCUAUGGCCCUGUCAUUCACGCACUCUCCUCCCUUGACUCGAUUAACACUAGCAAUGCUCGGUUCGUGAGCCUACUCAAAGGUAGCCCCACAACCCCUUGCCCCCCCACGGUCAACUAUCUUUUCGUGGACGUGCGAGACCUGGCUUUGGCACACGUCCGAGCUUUGGAGAAACCGGAGGCAGCAGGCCAGCGCUUCCUAGUUACUGCAGGAAACUACAGCAAUGCCGAAGCCGCUCAGAUUAUAGGCGAAGAAUAUCCCGAGUACAAGGACAAGAUGCCAGUUGGCGAGGCCUUGAAGCCUGGUGAGAGACCUGCUACAGGAGUGAAUGGGUACGACAACAGAAAGAGUAUUGAGGUUCUUGGCUUGAAGUACAGGACAUUCAAGGAAUCCGUUGUGGGUGUUGUGGAUAGCAUCAAGGGGCUACUGUAAGAUAGGUAGCUUUCUGCAACGAAUUCAUAUAGCCUACCUCUAGACUUUCUAGAAUCUACCCCUCCAUGUCUUAGCUCGAAAUAGUCAAGAAUCUGAUAACAAUCUGUAUGUAUGUAUAAAAAAAACGUGCUAGCAUUAGAUCGGUUUUUAGCAGUAAUAAUAGGUUAAACUUCGGGGAUAAAUUAUGAUAAAACCUAGUGUGAAGCGAUGGCGUCGUUCUAAGACUUCGUAUACAACAACCUUGAUGGGACGCGUACGUGCAAUUAGGCGUACCUAUGAGGUAGCCCGGUAAGGUUGAAG